CCAACACGCUGCCAUUGCCUACGCCUGGCAGAGGGUCUCUAAAGGACACAGUGUUUGCCAUUUUAACUCAGACCAACGCUGCUGAGUUCUCGCUCUGCAACACCCAGGACAGCAGACCAAAACACCAUGGGAAGUGAUACAACAGACUUCACCGACUUGCCAUAUACAACACCAUUUGACUAUGAUGAUUCAACACCUUGUCCUGGAACUGAAGAAAAGCACUUGGCAGCAAAACUUUUGCCACCACUUUAUUCUUUAGUAGUGAUAUUUGGCCUGACAGGCAACAUGCUUGUUAUCCUUAUCCUGGUAAAAUAUAAGAGGUUGAAGAGUAUGACUGACAUCUACCUGCUCAACUUGGCAAUUUCCGAUCUGCUGUUUGUAUUUUCUCUCCCUUUUUGGGCCUAUUACGCAGUUCACAGCUGGAUUUUUGGGGAGGCGCUGUGUCGAAUUCUCUCAGGUGUCUACCUCCUUGGCUUCUACAGUGGUAUCUUUUUCAUAAUCCUGUUGACCCUGGACAGGUACCUGGCCAUAGUGCACGCGGUGUUUGCUUUAAAGGCCAGGACAGUUGCCUACGGCACCCUCACCAGCAUCGUCACCUGGGCUGUUGCUGUUUUAGCUUCUGUUCCUGGGAUAGUAUUUCACAAAACUCAGAAGGAAGGUUUACGUUAUACUUGCAGUGCUCAUUAUCCAAGUGAUUCCACAAUAAAUUGGAAGUACUCCUUUAUUUUAAAGAUGAACAUUCUGGGACUUAUUGUUCCAAUGCUCAUUAUGAUCUUCAGUUACUCACAAAUUCUUAAAAUAUUAUUGAGAUCAAAGAGUGAGAAAAAACAGAAGGCAGUCAGACUUAUUUUUGUGAUCAUGAUCUUUUACUUCAUCUUCUGGACACCAUUCCAUAUUUCUUCUUUUUUGCAUACAUUUCAAGGUUCACUUUUCACUCCAAAUUGUGAUAUCAAAGGCCAACUGGAGAAAGCAAUUCAAGUGACAGAAACAAUAUCAAUGAUCCACUGCUGUAUCAAUCCUGUGAUCUAUGCAUUUGUUGGAGAAAAAUUUAGGAAAUAUCUUCACGCCUUUUUCCGAAAGCACGUUGCAGCUCACCUUUGCAGAAAGUGUCCAAGUCUUUAUCAGGAAAAAUUAGAAAGAGUCAGUUCCACGUUCACAGCAUCCACUGCAGAGCACGACAUCUCUACUGGACUGUAAAAUUACAUCAGAACAUUAGUUAGUAAAUGUUGCACCACUUGCUUUGCCUUAAGGACUGCCUGAUGUUAUUUAAGAUCUUUAUGUCGAUCACUACUGAAAACUGUACGACCCUCAAUUCUUGUGGUUAACUGUUCCCUGGAAUUACAGCAUUUUCCAUUGUUAAACUAAGAGAAUCAAUGAGUUCUCCAGGAAAUAUUAAUACCAUAGCUGUAGCACAUCAAGAUUUGAAUGGUACCCAGAAUAGUAUGAUUCUGUUUCUUUACAAAAAUUCUAUCCAGUGAGAUUUACCCCGGAGAAAUACAAUAUUGCAAAGAGUAAGGAGUAAUAGGUCAUCUCACAAGAUCCAUUUCUGUUAUGUGAACACUGUAAGAUAAACACUGGGAGGAAGCUUUGGGGAUUGAUCUACCUGUUUAUUAUUCAAUAUUAGUGAAGUACCUCUUGGAAAUGUCUGUAUUCUUUCUGUAACAUGGUCAAGCAUUUGAUAAGGAGAGGCUUUUAGUUUUCUUCCUUUUUCCCUCCUACUCCUUAUUUUCCCCAUGUGAAUAAAAGAUGUUUAAAGAAAAAGGAAUUUAAGGAUUAAUAUGAGUUAUAUCAAGAUAAUAUCACUCCUUUGAUGGGAGAGUUGACUGACCUUUAUCUUACUGGGACCAUUUAACCCAAGGGUCUAUCAGUUAGCCAACAGUGUAGCCAUUUUUGAACAUAAUCCUCUCAACUACAGACUAAGUUAUAGUAUUUUGAUUUUAGUUUUUUAAUUUUAUGUCUGCCAUAUCACUGUUCUGUUACUGACAUUUUCCAAAGUGGGCUGUUAAUCAGCAACAUUGUGAUUUUUGUGGGUGAAAUUUUUCAUGUAACUGCACACACCAACUGCACAAGACAAUGAUGCCAGCCUAAAAAACAUGAGCUUGUUUCUGACAAAUCAUAUCCCUCCAAGAAAAAAAAAAUUAACCAAUAAAAGCACUUCAGCAAAGAUCUACGAGGCCAGAAUGAAAAUUACCUCAGCAUUUGCUAUGCAAGAUUCAGUAUGAAAAAAACAUCUGAAGGAUUUUGGAGACUAUGACACAGUACUGAGAGGAGGCCUUCCUAGUUCUGGAUAGAUAAAUCAAGUGUGUAGAAGAAGAGUUUAUGUGGCAACACACGACACAAGUGUGUCAGGUUAGGUUUCUGUAUGAGAGAAACAUGUUCUUCACACAUACAGUAAGUUUGAUGUUUGGGAUACACUUUUAGGAAGACAGUAGACUUGGAACUGCAAAAGCAGCCAACUCCAGAGGAGUCAUACUUGCUCUGUCUUCCCAGGAGAAGAGUGCCUCUGGCCAACUGGUGCCUCAAUCAGAACUGCAUGGUGAUUGAAGACGCAAGACCUUUAUGCUCUGUGUUGUCCUAUGGCCAUACACUUAUUCAAUUAUUAGGAGUUUCCCUGUAAAAGAAAGUGCUAUUCUAGGGACAUGGUGCUAACAACGGAGAGGAAGGAGGGGCGUAGCAGAGAGUUUCUUACUUCAAACUGUAUGGAAGUGCAGGGGAGCACUCCUUAUGCAAGUGAGCUGUCCUUCCCUUUUUCUCCCCAUUUAUUUCAAAAGGCACUGCUCAUGCAUGUAAGGACUUGCUUAUG